AUGAGCAUUACCACUUCCAUUUUCUUUGGUCUCUCAAUUGCUCUAUUGAUGAUCAUCAGUCUCCACCUUUUCCGGUGCCUUGUUGGAAGAUAUCUUCAUGGUCGCAGACAAGGAUUCCAUGCAAACCGACGCAAUAGCAAUGAAAUUCGGGCUGACGACGACCACGAUGCUCAAUACGAAAACGAGGUUAUUAACCUUCAUCAGUUCCUUCUCGAGGCUAGCGACUUCCCGCAAGAUGAUACUCGCCGCGAGUGGCUGUCUCGAAGAAGCAACCGCCAAUAA